UUGUGUCAGCGAGGCAGAGAGAUCCUGAAGAGAGGAGUGGAGGAUCCACCAGAACAAAGCGGAAUAAUUAGGAAUUUGACUACACAUACAACAGGAAAGUGGAUUAUAUAUAGCUUUUCUCUAGCUUUUAGACUCGACUUCCCGCUUCGUCCUGUUGCGUUGCAAGCUCUCAUUGUGGCUGGAGUGAUCUCCUCCUUUUGUGUUGCCCUGCAGUUGUUUAUUCGCACUCCAACUUCUGCCUCCUGUUUCUACAAAUAGGAGGUUUCAUUUCUGUUUUUCUUGUAUUUGCCUAAACGGAAUGAAUGACAAAAACAAAGGAGGUUGAUGUCCAUAACUCUCCGACUCACCUCGUCUUCGCCUCGCCCAAGGAACGGAGACUCCAUCUCCGGCAGAAGAUGGAAAGCGGAGGCGGGACGGAGUGCUCGGAUAGCGGCCAGACGCAGCACGCGGUUCCCGGUCAGCAGCAACAAAACGCUCGGCCCGAAUCUGCGGAGCUCUCUGCCAUGCUGCCCGCUCACCCUCCGGGCGAGAAGAAAAAGAUAAACCGGGCCCCGUCUCCGGCGAGACCGAAGGAUGUACCAGGGUGGUCACUCACGAAAAUCCGCGGAGGGAUAGGGACUCCGACCCUGAGUGUCAAACCGGGAGCCAUUCAUUUGGGUAGCCGUAUUUCCAGGCGCAGCCCCGUGGGAAGUCUCGCUGGAAAGGACGGUAAAGGGGAGAAGAGUGGUGCUGGAAAACCAGCAGGCAAAUCUUCCUUCUCUGGUGGCCUGUUGUCCAAGACCUCGGCGUCCAAGACGACCAAGAGCACCGGAGGGCGGAGGAAGGUGUCGGACGCCAGCAUAGGAUCCGACGAUUUGUCCAAGGAUUCUGGAUGCGCCCCGGGGAAGCUCUCCCCAACCGACAGCAGUUCCGAGCUAUCGGACUGCGCCUCUGAGGAAAACAAACUGUCCACGGACGCCGUGAGCAGCGACGCCGAAUCGAGGAGCAGCAGGGGCGGUGGGCCGGAGUUAGAGAAGCCGCUCAGGGAUGGCGCGUUGGCGGAUAGAACAAGCCAACAAGCUGCUGCUAAGACCACCUGCUCCUCCGCAGAGAAGGACGACAAGGACCGGCUCUCCCUGGGUAUCGAAACGGGAGAAGGGAGCAUAUCCCCAGGCGAGGAACGAUCGGUCACCUCAUUUGAUAGCCGGGUGCCUGCCAGCACGUCUCUGGCUUUCUCAGACCUCACAGAGGAGUUUAUGGACAGCAUGCAUGAGGAGUUUGUCAGGGAAAUAGAAGAGCUGAGAUCUGAGAAUGAUUACCUCAAAGAUGAGAUGGAGGAACUGAGAUCUGAGAUGCUGGAGAUGAGGGACAUGUACAUGGAGGAAGAUGUUUACCAGUUGCAGGAACUGCGGCAACAGCUGGAGCAGGCGAACAAGACCUGCCGCAUCCUGCAGUACCGGUUGAGGAAGGCAGAACGGCGCUCUAUCCGCGUGGCCCAAACAGGACAAGUGGAUGGAGAACUGAUACGAACACUGGAGCAGGAUGUAAAAGUGGCAAAGGACGUGUCCAUCCGUCUCCACAGCCAGCUGGACAGCGUGGAGAAGAAGAGGAGUCGUCUCGAGCAGGAGAAUGAGGAGCUGAGGGUCCGCCUGCAGGAUUUGGAGGUCGCUAAACAGGUCCUGCAGCAGGAGAUUGACAAGAACUCCCAGAAGAAAAGAGGAGCGCGACCCAACAACAAACCUGACAAGAAGCUCGGCCCACAGGAGGACAGUUCAGACCUGAAAUGUCAGCUCCACUUUGCCAAAGAGGAAUCAGCCCUGAUGUGCAAGAAGCUGACCAAACUGGUGAAGGACAGUGAGGCCAUGAAAGAGGAGCUGGCCAAGUACAGGUCACUCUAUGGCGACAUCAACGCCUCGCUUACAGUGGAGGAGGUCGCCGACUCCCCCCACACCCGCGAGGCAGAGAUCAGAGUCCACCUAAAGCUGGUUGAGGAGGAGGCCAACCUGCUGAGUCGACGCAUUGUUGAACUGGAGGUGGAGAACAGGGGGCUACGAGCUGAGAUGGACGACAUGAAGGGCCCGCAAGACGGUCCUCAAGAACUCACAGGUGUUGGGGGCGGUCUGGGGGCAGGGCUCGGCCUCACAGGAGGGGCCAUGGUGCUUGGAGGAGGGGCUUCGUCUGAAAACGUCAUGGAGCUCCAGAGACACCUGCAAUUUGUGGAGGAAGAGGCAGAGCUCCUGAGGAGGUCUCUCAUUGAGUUGGAGGAACAAAAUAAACUCCUGAUGAAUGAGAUAAACCGCUAUAAAUCUGAACUCCCACCUCCUGCAUCCACGCUGUCCUCCAAUUCACUAAUGUCGCUGACAGACGGGAUGCUCAACGACAGUCCGGUGCACACAUUACAGGAGGGGUCGGUGCUUAUCAGCACGGACACCCCGGCUCAAGAGGAGGAGCUUCGAUUGGCGAGGCUUCAGAUCGGAGAACUAAGCGGGAAAGUGAAGAAGCUGCAGUACGAGAAUCGUGUGCUUCUGUCCAACCUGCAGCGCUGCGAUCUGGCUUCCUAUCACUCUCCCUCCUCUUCAUCCUCCUCCACCUCAUUAAGACUGGCUCUGGAGACGGAUGCAGAGGCUGGAGACUCAGCUGAGUGCCUCCCCAGCAGUCCACCCCAGCGCAGAGAGCCAGUAGGGGGUGAGAACGAUGCCCUUGAGAUUAAGGAACAGAAAAAGAAGACUGAGGACAAUGCUGACGCCACAACAUCACUGUCCGUGUGCCUGGGGCAGAAGGACCAUGAUGCCUUGCUAGCCAUGAGGGACCAGGCUCGCUUGGUUUCUACAGCUAUACAACUCCUGACCUCCCCCGAGUCUAACUGCCUCUCUUCAUCCCCAUCCAUCUUUCACAAGGUCUGCAGCAGUGAGGCAGCAGAGCCAUGUGAUCUGGAGAAACCUCAGCCUCACAGCCAGAUCUCAGGGCUGUCUGAUCUGGCCGACCGUCCUUUGGUUGGUGCUCUGACCAGCCGGCUUCAGGCCCUACACAUCCAGCUGCAGUCCUUUGUGGAGAAAGUAGACAGCCUGGGGAAAACCCCAGCAAGUGACAGGGACCCUCAGGUUGAAGGGGAGUCCCUUGUGGACUCCCCCUACACCUGCACCCACUGCCCUGGAGAUAGCCAGGAUGCACAGAACGGGGCAGAGGACAAGCAGCCUGAUUAUAGGGACCAGUCAGAGGCAGAGGUGAAUGAUGAAGCUAAGGAGAGCAGCCAAUCAGACAGCAAUGAGUUGCAAAAUCAGGAAACCAGCCAGCUGCAACACGAAGAGAAGGAGACAGACGGUGCAGUGCUCGGUGACCUUCAGGCUCGGCUCUCCGAAGCAGAGGAGUCGGUGCGAGGAACUCAGGAGGAGCUGGAAAAAGAGAGACGGGCUCAUAAAGAAAUUGCUGUCAAACUCACACAGCUCCAGGAAGAGUAUCAGAAAGCCCUACUCCGACGGGACUUCCAGCUGCAGAGCUUGGGUCUCCAGGCUCGGCUUCAGAAGAAGUUGUGGAGCCAGGAGAGAACUCUGCUGGUCCAGGAGUCACAGCACCUCAAACAGGCCCUGUUACUGCUCAGCCUCAAACUACGCUGCUUCCUCAAACAGUGGAGGCUGGGCUGCAAGAAAGACACAGAUUGGAAGGACGUCCUGGAGAUAAACAGCCUGAAAGACCUCUACCUGCUACUGGAAGAAGAGAACCUGCGGAGCCCCACCCACCAGACUGACAAGAGAGGUCCUGCAGACGAGGAGCCACUCAGCCCGACCAUAAAGUCGAGCGCCGUGAGCAGCACUUUGGCAGACCUAAAGGUUGCACUGCAAGAUCUGAGCGGAGAGCUGCGACAGGAAAGACAAGGCUCCCAAGAACUCACUCAGCAGUUCGCAAGGGCAAAGGCAUCGUGGGAAGUGGAGAGGACCGAACUAAAGAGCCUCAUAACACAGCUUGAGACCAAAACUGGCAAAUCAGCGGCAGCCCUGCCCUCCACUGAUGCACUGGACCCUCCAGACCUAAAGGUGGCGCUAAAGAGGGAGCGCGAAGAACAUCAGCACCUCCUGGCCGAGUCCUAUGCAGCUGUGAUGGACCUAACUAAACAGCUCCAGAUCGGGGAGAGGAACUGGGGCAGAGAGAAGCUGGAGCUGCUGGAGAGAUUCAGCCAGGAGAGAGCUCAGUGGGAGCAGAGACUGAGAGAGGCCACUGCACAGCAGGGGAAGUCGAAGCCACCAAGUGGUGAAUCCUCUACGGACACGGUCGUUGCUAAUGGAACAGGAUCACCAAGGAUCAAAUCCACACUAGAGCUGGAGUGCUCAGAGGUCGAGGAAACAGCCAAUCAGGAGGAGAAAAUACAGCUUGCUGCCCCGUCUCUUUUCAUUCACUCAGAGCUGGACGACACCUCCAGGAAGAAUUGGACCUACCUGACCAAUGAGACUCCCAAAAUCGCUGAUGCCUAUAAAACAUGGGACGGUCCUAGAGGCUCCUGUAGCACCCUAGUAGGAUCGCAGCUGGACUUGGAGCCUGUGCAGAGGAGCUACACUGCUCCAGACCGCACCGGCAUCCGGAUCUACUACAGUCCUCCUGCUGUGAGACGCACUGAUCACUGGAGAAGGAACCAGGAGGCCGAAGAGUCACAGCACACCCAGAAUGGGAGCUUCUUGCUGGAGGUGAAUGGCUCAGAUGCUGCCGUGGCUGCUGUGGAAACCCUGGACAUUCAGCACCAACCUGCAUCCUUCUUUUCGUCCUCUUAUGAGCAGUGGCUGAGCUCCCUGUCCAAGCAGCACAGGGAGCUGUUAGAGAGCAGAAGCAGCUGCAUUGCCAGAUCUAUGCCCAGUGUCAUCAGUAACACAGUUAGCGGCUCAGCUAACAACGUAGCUUAUCAUACCCUGGAGAUUGGAGAGAUUUCAGCCAAUUUAAGUGACGAUAUGAAGGAAAUGACCAACUGUGUUCGACAGGCCAUUCGCUCUUCAUCUUUGGAGAGAAAAUCUGGCAAGGAACCUGGGAGCCAGGCAGUCUCUGUAUCCACCAGGUCAACACAGACUGCAACCCAAUACGUCAGCGUUGGACUUCAAACCGAGAACCUUCCCAGCAGCAGGGGUACGGGGUUAAAUACCAAAGCCUGGUCUCCUCGUCCUUCAUCGACAACCACUUCUUCUUUAGCGUCGGCACGAACUCGGCAAAUAUCCACAUCGCUCGAUAAAGUUCACAGCCGCAUCGAGAGGCCAUGCUGCUCGCCCAAGUAUGGAUCACCAAAACUCCAACGCAGAGUGUCUUCUGGCUCCACUUCCAGACUGGAUGGGAGUUCCUCCUCCAGGGACCGCAGCCUAUGGAGCCUCCAGCAGAGACCCAUUGGUGGUGGGGGAGGCUCGGCCUGGGCUCGCUCCACCACCACCCGGGACAGCCCCGUCCUGAGCGGCCUCACUGAUGGCCUCUCCAGCCUCUUCAGUGUGGUGGAACACACUGGGAGCACAGAGUCCCUCUGGAGGGGUGACAUAGGAGCGAGCCAGACUGCCAGCCCAGCUCGGCACCUUCCUGCCGCAGGGAAACCCUCUGGGGCGGCAGUGUGUGGAUCUGACCCCAGCUCUCAGAGGUAUGGUGGCAUGGUCCAGGAGUUCUUCAGGAAUGUCUGCAGCAGCCGUGUCCCAGGAGGAGCCCCCCUGCCUGGGGAAAGCGUUCAGAGAGAAUCUCUUGGCAACCUUGGAAGUCUGGGUGCCUUGGCGGGUUUUGGCAGCAUUGAUGAGCCCAAGCCAGAGUGCAUGUCAGUGGCUGUUGGAGGACUUGGCGUGCUGGCUGGGUUAGGUGGAGCCAAUGACAGUGUGACCAGGAUUGUUAAUAAGAGGUUUAUGAGACAGACAGCUGGGGAGGAGAUGAUCAGCAUCUUGGGAGGAGGCAAGGAAACGCAGAGCAACACUGUUGCUGCUGGAUCUGUGACUGAGGAUGCACCCUGUGACUGCACUGCCCAGUCUACCUGCUUUGCCCGACCAUCAAGAGCGUCCACUCGUCACUGCAAGCACCGUCCACAAGAGUCUUUGGUGACAACAGAGGAAAAGGGUGACCCCAGCAACGAGUGACAGCACUCCUACUCCCACAUGCAAAGACACACACAUACAGAAAGCAAACAGCGAUUGCUCACAGACGCUGCUGCCAUGAAAGCACUCAUAUUUGUCACGUCACUAAAAGUAAACACACCCCUAAAACCUGCCAUAUAGGCACACUGCCAAAUCUAACACACACACACACACACACUGAUAGCACACUGCAUAGACUGCUCGACAAACCUACUGCCGCAUGCACAUGUAAGAAAACACACACAAAGACGCCAGGCAAUACAUCAUUUGUCUGGGACUGUACCAUUCUGAUGCCAAGGACAGGGGGACUAAAACUCCAAAUCAGAUCUAAACAUUACAAAACUACCAGCAGGACAGAAAAGAGACACACUUACAUACAUAACAGGACUAAUUAUGACCUGGAGAGACUCUAAAAAGUAAAAUAAAGAUGUCAGGACGGGACCGACUAAACACCCCAUCAAAUUUGCACAAUAACAGGUACUACGACAGAACAGAAGAUCCAACUUAAUGAUGUCAUCUUGCCACCGUGCUGUUGAAUAAAGCAGCCAUUAAGAUGGAAAAACAGGCCAGGGGAAGAGAAUAUGGAAUGAAAGUGCAUAUGUUACUUUGGGAGUUGUUGAACCACAGAGAAGACAUCCUUCAAAGGAGAUCUUUCACGCAACUCUGAAACCAUCAGGCUCCGAGAUUCAAUCUGUUUUCGAGCUGUGAUGAUUUCUCCAGAGAUGGUACCUGCAGAGACGGUAACUCACUGAACCUUGUCAUAAACACACAAGCUGUGCUGGGAAAUUGUGCCACUUAGAUUGAUUAGCACGGUAACAUUCCAGCGAGUGUCCCCAACAUGGAAACGUCACGUCUCGAUUGCACGUCUGUUUCAGUCGAGGACUCGUUUACAGCGUCUAAUUCCAAAAGGAAGAACUUAAAGACUGGUGGGCUGCGUGUCUCAGCGCGACCACACUUGGACUGAAAUGAUGUUUGGAUUUAAAGCUAUAAACGAGGCAAUGAAAGUGAUCUCAGAGUGGACUUCCUACUAUUCUUUGUUAUUAGCAAACCUAAGUAUCGAAAAUCCUUCAAGCUUGUCUGUGUUUCCAAAAGGACUUUGGCCACAAAUAAGGGGACAUUUUAUGACACUGUAGCCAUGAUUUAAACCUUGUAGUUGUUAAAAACAAAACCAAGAAAGAAAAAAAAAAAUCAUAGGUUAUCCUCCACAGUCCGAUUGGGGAAAUUGUAAUUUUUGCUUUGAGUCUUUUUCAGCAGGCAAAAAGUGCCUGUUUCUUAUUAUCGAGAUGUACCUUCACUGAUGUCAAGAUUCAUCCUUAAACCUUUGAGUGAUGAUCUGAUGAAGACAUUGUGUACAGUCCUGCAGCACACUUUCCUGAAACAUUUCAGUUGGUUACGCUAACUGGGGACCAUUCCAACUCAGAGCAUGGCAUUGGAUAGAAAUGCGACAAUUACAGCGUACUUUUUACACCAGUCAGAGCUCCUGAGCCACUGACAGAGGCAAAAACCAUUCCAUAAAAUGCAUUCCAAUUUCUUAGUAAAGCAAAUCCGAUUCAUCAAUAUUAACUCCGGGCUUUUGGAAUCUGAUUUACAUCAGUGAGAAGUUUGUUGGUAAGUUAUUGAACAGCAGUCAGUGAUACAGUGUAGCCACAGCUGAGCUAUCGGCAUUCCUUUUUAUUUGAGUUUAUGCCAGAUGUGUGUGGAUGUGUGUGGUUUAUCUGUGCAUUUGAUUAUUUACCUGUCAGCUUAAAUUAUGUCGCGUCAUAAUUUCGCGUUCUGUCGAAGGGAAGUUGUUUUAAAGUAACAUUGACUGCCUUUAAUCUCUCUCAUACACAUCUGCAUUGUGUGUAGAAACCUGUACACAUUUUGAAAAUGUAGCAUAGAUGUAGUCUUUGUAAACAACAAACUGUCAGCAGCACUGAAAAUUUUUUACUUAUAUCCAAAAAAUUUUUUCCAGGAAUUUUAUUUAUUUAAUUUGAUAUUUUCAAAUUUUUGUAAAGUUAACUUAAUAAAUUAAAAUAUCUCUUUCUUUCUUUUUUUCUUACAUGACAGUUGCAACAUUAUGAGAUAUCUUUUAAGAUGUAUUCACACCCGAUAGAAAUAUAGUAUCAAGGAAUAAAGUAAAGGAUUUAAAAUAUUGCAUAAAGCUGACACAAAUGCAAAGAUACAGUGAGACUUAUUAGCAGAUUCAAUUUUAGAAAACAAUGUAAAUGAAACAAACAUAUUUGAGAGGGUUUUUAAUAACUUUUGCUCCUUUGUCUGCUUUUGCCUUCUCAUUCUCUUUCCAAUCAAUCAACUGAUAUUCAAAGUGCCUGUCAGAUCACUUAAUAGUCAGCUCACACCAAAACUGGACUCCAUUAAAGAAAACUGCAAACCCAGCAGGCCUUUUUUUAGUGAAUAAGGUUGUUUUUAUGCACAUAAUUACAAUCAGGCAGUACUAAAGCUACAAUAAAGGGCCGUAACGCACAGUGUUGGGGGGACUAAAUACUUCAACAGGUAUAAGAGGAUAUGGUAAAUACACAGCUUUUAUAUUAAGGGUUCUCUACACUAUAUGGAAAGUAAAUUAUUUUCUGUUUAUUUUUAUGGAUGUUUUGCUGAUAUUUUGCUUCUGUUCUUUCUAUCGUGGUGCUACUCAGUGUAAAGUCUGCUCUGGGCUCGCUGUCCUUCUAACGUGUAUCUUUCACUUUGUGUUUGAGUAGCAGUCCAGCGUUUCUGGCUUCUAAUGACUCAGCAGUUUAAAAUAGGGCAUUACAGUAACAGCGAGCGUAUUUAAAUAACACACUGAAGAAAACCCGCAGUCUAAAUGCUGCUGUCUCCACUCCAGCCCUCAUAACUGGUACAAACCCAACUGCACGAAAGCAAGCACGGACCCAAGUAGCACAAGGCUAGACUGAUGUUAUUUAUUUUUUAUUUUUAUACAACAUGCAGUCCUACCCAAGCAGUCUGAUUGGAUAAACCACAGAAUAACCCAUCAGAGUCUGCUUUUUUGGUUAUUUUACAUCUGCAAACCACAUACAGGAAAUUAACUGGAUCGUAAAACAUAUUAUAAAUAAGAUGAAAACAAAAGAAAGGGAGGAGGACCUAAAAAGGAAAAGUCAGAAAUGUGACCAAGAGUUUUGGAUAAAAUAUUGUAUAGACUGCUGACAUGUUAAAAAAUAGAUGCCACAGGCUCCUAUUGGCAGCACAGGGAUGUUAUUACAACUGGAUACCAAAAUGUUUUACUGUGGUGUGAAUGGGGAAAUAUCAGUAAAGCUGGUAUUGACACACUUGUGACAAGGUUAGCAGUAGCUAUCCCACUAACGACACUGGUAGCAGUUCAGACACAUCAGUAACAACCUGGUGAGGAUGAUAAAGCGACUGCAUUUUUUUUCCAUUCGCUGCGCUCCAGACAUCAAAAAGAGAAUGUAACAUAAGCAGACUAACUUGGAAAUUAGUCUCUGUGGCCUGUCUGAAAUGGCCAGACACCAAUAACGAUGCAGUCAAUCCCCAGUCUCUCCCACUAAACACUAGAGUGAAUAGUCUCAAACCACAAAGGAGCUAUUAUCCUGCACUAAUAUGAGACUAUGUCACUAUUUCUGUUUUUCAGACGUACUCCUCAGCUACAAUAUCACUUAUGGUCUUGGAUCGGUUCUUGAAACCUUUCCGCUGUAUUUCAGAUUCCGACAGGCGAAAAGGUGAAAGUAACAGCGGAUGGCCGGAAGAGUUUUUAGCGUUUUGAUCUUUCAGAGUUUCUGUACAGAAAUAACGCUGAAGCUUUUAUUCUGAAGCUCCUGACGACAUACACGAAACAAAAAUGUAGAUACAGUUUACUGGAAUCUGCUCUACCUCUGACACACGUCAUCAAACAACUCGCAACGCUACUCAUGUUUCUUCGACUUAUUGAUCAGUCAUUGGACAUUUUUGAUGCCUGUGUACCAGGACCUUAUAGUCCCAUUGUUUUUUAUUCUCACUGUCCAAAAUAAGGUCACUUCAGUGCCUUUCCUCUACAAAGAUGUCUUGGUUCAGUUAAGGCUUAUUUUUCCGCAAAUAUUUGGCUCCACCUAAAUACACUCUGUAUGAUGACGCCGCACAUAGUUGCAUCUGGAAUUUAGGUUAAAAGUCUUAAUUGAUCAUCUUGCAUUAGGCGCAGACUGACUUGUGCGUUCAUCUUCAGCAGUUUCUCAGCUACAUGCAGCCUUAGGAGUGAUUUUUUUUAUUUUAUUUUAUUUUUGUGAAGAUGAAUGAUGAUGAUGUGGACCAAUUUACAUUUUAGUUUGAUGUUUUUAUUGCUGAUAUUGCCAAUUCAAGCACGGUAACAUGACAGCGUGAAGCUUCCAGCACAUUGUCGAGCAUGUGGAUAUAACUGCCACGUUGCUGCAUUUCUGUAAUACUGGGGAAUGGUUUUUAACGUUUUUUUUUUUUCACUAAAAUGCACACAAAGUAAUUGGUUUGUAUUACUUUAAAAAUUAAUAGUAACUUAUUGUAUUUUCAUAUUUUUGCUACUGUAUUUGAUUUUUAUUAGAACAAACACGAGAUGCAGGAUAUCAGAGCUGGAAGUGGAUGUUUGCUGACAUUUACUACAAACUGAUCAUGUUUUCUAUGAGAAGGACCGUUCACCUCAAAAUAAAACUAAUAGAUUUCAUCUCUGGCCUGUAGUGCUAUUUCUCCAUCUAGAUUAUUUUAUUGUAACUUUGCCCAUUUUUGGAGAUAUCUCCUUUCUGUGAUUGCUUUCUGUUUAAAUAUGAUAAAACUAUUACUGGUGCUUAGAGAGACAAAUAAAUUACAGUUGGAAAAAACUCAUCAUAAUUGCAUAAAUGUCUCUUUCCAGGAAUCAUGAUCCUAAAAUAGAUAAAUAAAUAGCUUGUAUGCAUUUUUCGUGUAGGAAUUAUUGGGAAUCAUUUCCAAAUAGCUCCUCUGGCCAGAGGAAUUUCAUUUUGAGGUAAACUGUCCCUUUAAAAAACCGAAACUGCUCCAAUUUCUCUGACUCUGAUGUCUUCGGUCAGUUGUCUCCGCCUCUCCAGCCUUUUCACCUGCAGAUCAGGUGUUCCUUAUGCUCCUCCCCCUCAGGUUAUAAGUACGAGGCAUUUCAGCCGCUGCAGAACAGUUUUGCAGGUCACACAUCACCAGCCACUGACAGAUGACUUCUUACAGGUUGCACGGUGCGAACCGCGAGUCUUAUUGUUCCCAGUGUGUCUGUAAGCCUGUCAGAGCAACGUGAUUUAUUUUUUUCACAGCUUUUUUAAUGUUUCCAUACCAUUCUUAUGAUCAUUACAUGCUGGGAAUAUGUACAUGGAUACUUAGCUGUUCAUAAUGUUGGCUAAACUAUUACCUAGAGACUGCCUGUAUAUUUGCUUUAUAUAGCCUAUACUCUUGUCUUUUUUAAUAAUGCUUGAUUCUUAAAUAAAAGGGGGAAUGCUAUGAAAGCAAAAUAAAAUGAGUACAUAGUAAGAAAACAUGUCCCUGGUAUUGCAGCUUGAAAAGAACGGUCUGUACUCUGCCCUUGUAUUUUUUUGUUUUGUGUUGUUUUUGGAGGAAAGCUGAAUAUCGACAGCUGAUCCCAGGUCACUGUGGACAUAUGUAGCUCUCUCCCUUUAUAGACCACACUUGAGCAUUUCUUCUGUACAUAGAACCAUUUUAAAGCUGAUCAAAUACGGCAGCAAACAUUAAGAGGAAUAUGAGGAAAAAAAUGUGAUCCAAGUGGAUUUUUAAAGGGGUUGGCAUCUUUUGUUUAUCCAACCAGUGUAGCUUGUAAAACAAGACAUUAAACUGCCUCCUGUUUGUCACAGACUUCACAAAUAAAUGUUUGUUGAAUUUUAA